AUGUCUUCCCUACCUCCGGUCUACAUUGUCUCCGCCGCCCGCACUCCAGUGGGCUCUUUCCUGGGAUCUCUCUCGAGCCAGACUGCUCCGCAGCUGGGUUCCCAUGCGAUCAAAGCUGCUCUUAACAAAGUCGACGGCAUCAAGCCUUCCGAUGUACAAGAGGUUUUCUUCGGCAACGUUCUUUCUGCAAAUGUCGGACAGAACCCCGCCAGACAAUGCGCUCUUGGCGCCGGACUUGACGAGUCAACCGUUUGCACCACUGUUAACAAGGUCUGUGCCUCGGGUUUGAAGGCGGUCAUUUUGGGCGCUCAGACCAUCAUGACUGGUAAUGCAGACAUCGUUGUGGCCGGCGGUACUGAGUCCAUGUCCAAUGCCCCACAUUACCUUCCAAACCUCCGCAAUGGCGCAAAGUAUGGCCACCAGAGCCUGGUGGAUGGGAUCAUGAAAGAUGGCCUGACAGAUGCGGGAAAGCAGGAGCUUAUGGGUUUGCAGGCUGAGGAGUGUGCCCAGGAUCAUGAAUUCACUCGGGAACAGCAGGACGAUUAUGCUAUUCGGACCUACGAAAAGGCCCAAGCUGCCCAGAAGGCCGGCCUUUUCGACGAAGAGAUUGCACCUGUUGAACUACCCGGCUUCAGGGGUAAACCAGGUGUCACCGUGUCUCAAGAUGAUGAGCCCAAGAAUCUCAACCCUGAUAAGCUUCGAAGCAUCAAGCCCGCUUUCAUUCCUGGCUCUGGAACUGUGACGGCCCCCAACUCCUCUCCUCUCAACGACGGGGCUGCCGCUGUUAUCUUGGUUUCCGAGGCCAAGGUUAAAGAGCUGAACCUCAAGCCUGUUGCAAAGAUUCUCGGUUGGGGAGAUGCUGCACACCAACCCAGCAAGUUCACGACUGCUCCUGCGCUGGCGAUUCCCAAGGCGCUUAAGCAUGCGGGUGUCACUCAGGACUCCAUCGAUGCAUUUGAGAUCAACGAGGCCUUUAGCGUUGUUGCUCUCGCGAACAUGAAGCUCCUCAACCUACCUGAAGAAAAGGUCAACCUUCAUGGUGGUGCUGUGGCUAUUGGUCACCCUAUUGGUGCCAGUGGUGCUAGAAUCUUGACUACUUUGCUCGGAGUCCUCAAGGCAAAGAAGGGCAAGCUCGGCUGUGUCGGAAUUUGCAACGGUGGUGGUGGUGCUAGUGCCAUGGUAGUGGAAUCCCUCGUCUAA